UGGAGAAGCGCGCUGCCCAGGCUUGUCUCGUAUCUCCACAUACUUUGUAAGUCUGGUGAGCCAGAGAUUCGAUGAAAAGGAGCUACCUUCCAAAGACAGUUUAGAGCUGUGGACAUCACCCUUAUCUCUAACCCCAAGCCUCGCGGGAGGCGUCGCAAAUGAUCGACAGGCAAUCAUUGAAGAUGGCAUGACGAGAUAAUAUCAAUUUCACUUAUUCCGUAUGAGUACCACAGAAGCUCAACGUGGCUCUCGGCAGAGGGAAUGCGGGCUUCUCCCCCCGAGAACGACCAAGGAUCCAAGAGGCAAAGACGUCCUUGGCCAUUCUGAUAAGGGUCAGACAACGCCAUCGUCACUCGUGCAACCUGUGCGGCCACUCUUAAAAGGGUCUUGGUUCCUGCGUGGACACAUGGCUUCCAUGCUUGAUCGACCUGCUCGCGCCCAUUUUACCAGUCAUGAAAUUCACCACCCCCAAGUUCGAGAGACCUCAUCUCAAGGUUGAACAGCCCAAGUCGUCGUUUGCUGAAGGGAAUUCACGAUGGACCAACAAGGAUCUCGACCCUGUUCCACCCGCACGCCGUAAGUGGGGAGUGAUUUCCUUCAUUGCCUACUGGGUCUCGGACGCCUUCAACGCAGCAACAUGGCAGUUCGCCUCGGCGAUGUUGGCUGUAGGUCUAUCAUGGCGUGAGUCCUUGGGCAUUGUGGCACUGAGUUUCUUCAUCAUUUCUUGGGUGAUCGCGUUCAACGGUGCCAUUGGAGUACUGCAUCAUGUUCCGUUUCCUGUCAUUGCUCGAGCGAGCUGGGGUUUCUGGGGCUCAUAUGUGGCCAUCAUCUCCAGAGCCAUUCUAGCCAUCUUCUGGUUCGCCAUCCAAACCAUGAACGGCGCCAACACGGUCCGCGUCAUGAUUGGAGCCAUAUGGCCGUCGUUUUUGAGACUCAAGAAUCAUAUCCCGGAAUCGCAAGGUAUCGAUACUGCGACGAUGAUAUCCUUCUUCAUCUUCUGGCUCAUUCAGAUCCCGUUUGUCAUUAUGCAUCCAAACCAGCUUCGCUUCCUCUUCAUGGCAAAGACCAUCAUUGUCCCCGCGGCGUGGCUGGCCAUCAUGGCAUGGGCAUUCGCCUCUACGGACGGAGGCGAGAUCUUCAACCAGCGCGCGACGAUCUCUGGCUCGGCUUAUAGCUGGGCUUUUCUGUCUUCGAUGACGUCCACCAUCGGAAACUAUGCCACCUUGUCAGUCAACCAAGCCGACUUUUCCAGAUAUUCACGUGUGUCGGUCAAGUGGCAGUGCAUGUAUGUGCCGAUGCUACCGGCAUUUUUCACAUUCAUUGCGUUCAUUGGUAUCGCAUCGAGCAGUGCAGGGGGGUAUCAUUAUGGUAUAGUGGAAUGGGAUCCCAUGGCUCUCGUUGCUCACUGGGACAAUCGGGCGGCACAAUUCUUUGCAGCUUUUUCGUUCGCGUUGGCUGCUCUGGGUGUGAAUAUCUCUGCCAACAGUUUGUCGGCUGCCAAUGAUCUCAUGGCCCUUGCUCCCCGAUACAUCAACAUGCGCCGAGGUCAACUUCUCACCGCACUCACUUGCUGGGCACUCGUCCCCUGGAAGAUCUUGGAGUCGGCAGGGAGUUUCCUGAACUUCAUGUCGGCGUACGCCAUAUUCCUCGGGCCGAUCGCUGCCAUCAUGCUCUUCGAUUUCUGGGUCAUCCACGAGCGCAAAUACGACACGAUCGCGCUGUACAAUCCACACGGCAUUUAUAGAUACACGUAUGGCGUCAAUUGGCGUGCCAUAGUGGCGUUCCUGGUCGGGGUUGCUCCUUCACUUCCCGGAUUUGUCAAUGGAAUCAACAACAACAUUGACGUCGGCAGUGGGAUUCAUCCGUACCAAUUCGGUUGGCUUCUUGGGUUCGUCGGCACGGCUAUUGUGUACACGAUUCUAUCGCUCGUCUUCCCGGCCAGAGAGACUUUUAUCGACCGUGCUCUACGCCCUGAUGAGGUGUUUGCCCAGCAAGGAGAAACUGUAGAGGAGGAAGAACAUGGCGGCGCCGCGAUGCAAGUUGACCAAAUUGAUUCCGAGAAGGGAGGUAUCAGACGUCGGUUAGAGAAAUUUCUAUAGAUUAGGUCUUUCUUUUCUCGUGAUGAAGGAUAGAGUGCAUUGCCAAUUAUCAAAUGGCAAUGGAUCGAAUAGAAGGUGUUGAUACGGUCAUAGAUUG